AUGGCCACACAGUUCAUGUUAUGGACAAGUUCACUGCUUCAGAACUUGAGGGCACCAUCAUCUGUGAACCACAGAUACAACUAUUCUGCCUCCUUCAACCAGGGUGGCUUGUCAGAGGACAGCCUGGUCAGCCUAUACAACAAUGAUAGAAAGUGCUGGAACUGGGAGCUUUGUCCACCCCCAGGCUCUGAUUCACCUCCCAAGCAACCUGGGCCACUUGCCUCAGAGCUGCUGGUAGAAUCAGAAAAGCUCUGCUUUGAAAAGCAAGUUGCUCUGUUUCUCAAUGCUAUCAGAACUGCUGCCAAAUCCAUGAUGCUCAGUCUAUCCAGAAAACCCCAGCAUCAAUGGAUGGCAGACUGGAGCAGAACCAGCUUGCGAGGUUCUACAGGUUAUUCCCAAAAGCCCAGCCUCAUCCUUGUUGAUAACACCCCAGUAUCCCUCAAUGAGAUUACAUGGUUAAGUCCCAAAGUCAUUGCCAAGUACUCAAAGGAGUCUUUCAAGCCAGCAUCCUACCUUGGGAAGAUGAUGGACACUAAGGCAUAUCCAACCCUUGUCGACCAGCCCUGGAGGUGCUAUGUCCUUGGAUUAUCAAUUACUGAUAGUGAACUUCUUCAACUUCACUUUUACGACCACUCUGGUGGUGCAAUCUCACCCUCUAUCAAUAUCCACACUGACACAGAAGUCUUCAUAUACAUUCUGCAAAUGCACAGCACUUACAAUACCUCUCUCCCCUUUCCCCUCUCCUACAAUGCCUUCUCCUCACUUGGAGUCAGGCAUCCUCCCCAGUGCAAACUCACUCCUGACUCCCACAUCACCCAAUCACAUCCCAGCAAUCAGGAGGAUCCAAGUAAACAAGACCUUCUACAAGGCUUUCUAGGAAGGGGCACUGUUUGUUACAUUGCAUGCUACAAUGGGGAAUACUAUGUCAUCAAGGAUUAUUGGGUGGAGAAGUCAGAGCAGAGGACAGCCCUGCAUGAAGUCAACAUGAUGAAGCUGGUCCAGGACAUUGACAGAGUUCCCAAGUUGCAACACUACUGGGUCAUCAAGAACUCACAUGUGAUUGGCUAUGAAGCUGUGUGCAAGGCCAAUGUCCAACAGCAGGCUCUCAAGAGGGGUGUCCUCCAUCGAGAUUGUAGCAUCAACAAUACAAUGAUCGAGGACUUUGCAAAUGGGUCACAUGGCUUUCUCCUUGACUGGGAAUUUGCUGUAUGGGUCAUGUUACAGGGGGAAUAUGACUUGGGCAGCACAUAUGCAAAGGGGACAGUCCCCUUCUUUUCAGUGAAUAUCCUUUGCCAGCUCAAGGAAGCCAUCACUAAAAGUGGAAAGACUAAUGUCCCAUCAAUCCAGAAAAGCACCUCUCUCACCCAUGUAUUCAUUAAUCACCCUACUACUAUACACCAUACAUUUGCAGAUGAUAUUGAAUCCCUGUUCUACAUUUUCAUCUGGAUCCUCAUCCUUUAUGAUGGGCCACUUGGCCACAAGUGUCAAGCUAUCAGCCAUGAAAAGACACUUCUUGGCUUGUGGAGUGAAAAGGCAGCUGAAGAUCUCAAAAUUGCCAGAUGCGCCAAGUUCACAUUCCUCAAUGACCUGUCUGAAUUGAGGCUGGAUUCAGAGGUCUCACAAUAUUUUCAAGAUCUAAUCCCUCUGGCUAACGAGUGGAGCAUAUUGCUUGGGCAGUCCCUGCUGAGUGGAACUGCAGUGCAGUUCUCUGACAUUAUCUCCCUUUUUGAUUGUUUCUUGGCCAGCAUGCCAUAUGAGAAACCACUGGAGAUGAUGAAUGCAUUCCAGCAGAUCAUUGCCCAGCACAAAGUGCUUAAUUCAAGCAUGCAUCUGAGUCAGGAGAAUGAUAUGGAUGUUAUGUCUUCAGCAAUUAUGUCUUCUAAAUGCCUUUGUGAAGAGUGUUUCAAUUCAUUUGCAGAAGCCCACCCAUCGAUCUUGAAGAGUCUCAGUCGGUUGCCACAGCAGGACUCUGUCAUAGUGGAAGGGCAGGGGCAGGUUCAGGUGGAAGGGCUGAGCAAUUGGAGUGGAUUGCCACAAAAGUUGACAGAUCUCCCCAACAAUUCUGUUGUAAAUCCUCUUGCACCUCUGCCCACUUGGUGGAAAAAGGGUGGGGGCCACAGUGCUGGCCAGAAUGCAAAACCAAAGUCCAAUGUUGCCCCACCACCCUAUGUGCCUCCCAUUGUGAAUGAUCCUAGCCCAGCUGAUAUGCCUCCAAAUCCUGUCCCUCAGUCUUCAACAGCAGUAGCAACACCUGUCUUCCAUCAGCACCCCACAGACUCCCAUCACUUUUGUUUCAGUGUUCCAGCUCAACAGCCAGGUCAUAUCAUGCCUCCUGGGAUGGAACCUGACCUUCAAGUGCUCAAUAAUCCUUAUAUCACUUCAAUUCAGGGAGACCAAGUUCCCAGUAAUACAUCUCAUCUGCCAACACCCCAGCCCAACUACCAGUCUCGGUUUAUCCCCCACCAGCCACCUGCUACCAUCCCCGACUCUUGUGUCAACCCCUCCCUUGAUAGCUUGCUCUCAUUGAGACAAACUUCAGUAACCACUGAUGUUUGCCACAAGAGUUCAGAGAAGCUGUCAUCAGAGGGCUCCUCAGAAGAGGAGCCAGAGUCCUCGAGUAAUAACCCAUCAGACACAGAGGCUGGCAAGGAUGACAAUGUGGCUCUGCAAAGCUUACAAUCCAAGGACAAGGCUCAGCCAGAGGGUUCCCAACAUGGCACUGUCAUUGAUGUUCUUGAAUGCAACCAUUGCACUAAUGGCCAUCCUUCUGUUCCCAAUCGUGAUCUUCUGACCCUUGUGCAUGACUUGGUCAAUGAAGUAUCUCAGCAUGCCAGAGCCCCUCAUAACUCCAAGAAAGCUAAGGAUGAGGGUCCAUUGCCUUCACAACUGAGAUUUUACAAGGCAGCACUCAUCACUGUUGUCAUUGAGUGGAAUCAAUGUGGCAUGCAAUUUGAAGAUGGUUACUGGCCUGACCACAAGCAAGAUAUGCUCCUUGGUGAUAUAUCUACCUGGCAUUCAGAAUUGAAGUUGGUUAUGCUGGCAACCAUGCCAUCUGUGUUCAACUUUAUCCCUCCUUCUGAUGUUGCACCAUGGGGAAAAACCAGGAAUUUUGCUCACCCCACCCUCAAGGAAGCUGUCAUACAAUUCUACUAUACCAGGACCUAUCAAAUUGCAGAUAAGAGUCCUGAGUCCUUCAACAAUUCAGUUCCCCUUUCCUGUCUGGCUCUUGUUGCAGCCAUGUAUCAUUGUGUGUUGGAUGGAUUUGCGAAGAACAGCACAGGAGAGAUGAUGCCUCAAUUCUCUGGCAAGGCUUACAAUUCCAUUUUCCAUGGCAUGAUGAAGGUGAUGAAUGACAUCCUUUGUAAUCCCUAUCAUGGUGUGAGGUUGUGCAAUCAGCUUUCUCAGUGGGUGAAGGAAGGAUGUAUGCAAUUGAUGCCAAUGCUCCUGUUCCUGUCAUACCUGCUGUGA